UAGUUAUACAUUUAUAACGAGUGCAAUAAACCCUGAGAAAACCCCCUCUUCCUCUUUCCAUAGCUGAGCAAGAAAUGAGUGGAACUCCAGAUUUCUUCUACAGGGAAGCUCAGCGCCUUGGUUAUGUUGCUCGCUCUGCUUUCAAGCUGAUUCAGAUGCAGAAGCAGUACAAAAUCAUAAGCCCCGGUGGCUCUGUUCUCGAUCUAGGCUGCGCUCCCGGUGCUUGGCUUCAGGUGGCAUGUCAGAACUUGGGGCCAUUGGAAAAGGGUGGAGCAGUUGUGGGGAUUGAUACUAAGAAGGUUAAGGUGCCGCCCCAACACUGUGAUUUGAGGGUUAAAACUGUUUGUGGUGAUGUUAUGAAGCUACCAAGAGAGCAAGUUAGAGCACUCUCGCCUAAGCAAAAGGGGUUCUCCGUCAUCCUAUCAGACAUGUGUCCGCUAGUUUCUGGAAUCACAAGUAGAGACGCAGCUUUAUCUGUGGAGCUUGGGAUGCGAGCACUUGACUUGGCAGUUGGAACGACAGCUGCAGUAAACAAUGCCCCACAGGAAGUUGAAAUAGACAGUUCCGGCUCAGCCCUGGAUACCGGUCGUUUACUAAAACCAGGAGGUCACCUUAUCAUUAAGCUUCUGGAAAGUGAAGAUAUAAAAGAGUUCAACCAAAUAUGCAAGCCACUCUUCAGAAAGGCGUCGUGGUUGAGGCCUAAAGCAACCAGAUCAUGCUCAAGAGAGAUCUAUCUAAUCUGCCAAGGCCUGCUUUAGAAGCAGCAGAUUGUUACUCAUAACAAAGGGCAAAUACUGUGUCAAAGAAAAUGUGAAACUAUAAAUGCAUAAUCAUGGAACAAUGCCACCUUGGCUAUUGUGUGCCUUUGUUUAUUAAAAACCAAUUUUGUUA